AUGAUGGUCGACUCACAAGACGACAUGGUCGUCGAACCGGCCCAGAACGAGAGGGAUCAGGUUGCUAUCAUUGAACCCGACCAGCUUGACAACGAGUCGGAGACGCUUGAGAGCGUCACUCUAGCUACAGACUAUGAUGCCAUGAAAGAGAUUGUCCUACCACCACUUCUUGAAGAACCUAAGAUACUAGAAGACGCAGUAAAUACAUGGAAGGUCGAGAAUUGGAGUCGCCUUGCUAAGAAGGAACACGGUCCUACAUUUCAAGCUGGCGGCUACCCAUGGCGCAUCCUCCUUUUCCCGUUCGGCAACAACGUCGACCAAUCCUCGAUAUACCUUGAGCACGGUUUCGACGACCUUAACAGUGUACCGGAUGAUUGGAGCUGCUGUGUACAAUUUGGCCUGGUGAUGUGGAACAUGAACGACCCUUCUCUUUUCGCUCAUCAUACUGCGCACCAUCGUUUCACUAAAGAAGAAAGCGAUUGGGGCUUCACUCGAUUUCUCGAGCUCCGGCGCAUGUUUCAGCAGCCAUGGAAUAACACUGGCCGCCCGCUGGUCGAAGAUGAUGCCUGCAACAUAACUGCGUACGUUCGUGUUGUGGAGGACGAAACCGGUGUCCUAUGGCAUAACUUUAACAACUAUGAUUCCAAGAAGGAGACUGGAUUUGUUGGUUUGAAAAACCAAGGCGCCACAUGCUAUCUAAACUCGCUUUUGCAAUCCCUUUACUUUACCAAUGCAUUCAGAAAGGCUGUUUACCAAAUACCCACGGCGGAAGAUGAGAGUAUCCAAAACAGUGCAUAUACCCUGCAGCGACUUUUCUACCAAUUGCAAAUAUCUAACUCCGCCGUUGGAACUAACGAAUUGACGCGAUCAUUUGGCUGGGAUACGCGACAUAUUUUUGAACAGCAGGAUGUACAAGAAUUGUCACGUAAACUCAUUGAGCGCAUGGAGGAAAAGAUGAAAGGAACAGCUGCUGAAGACUCACUUCCCAAGAUGCUAAGUGGAAAGGUUAAGACAUAUGUCUCUUGCAUCAACGUCGAUUAUGAGUCCAGUCGGAUUGAAGAUUUCUGGGAUAUCCAACUCAACGUUCGAGGUAUCCCUAACCUGCAAGAGAGCUUCAAAGAUUACAUUCAACAAGAGACGUUGGAUGGUGAUAAUAAGUAUUGGGCUGGAGACGAACACAAGUACCAGGAUGCACGCAAAGGUGUUGUAUUCAAGAGCUUUCCGGAAGUAUUGCAUCUGCACCUAAAACGAUUCGAGUAUGACAUUCAGCGCGACACGAUGAUGAAGAUAAAUGAUCGUUUCGAGUUCCCAGACAGAGUGGAUCUCGCACCAUACCUCGAAAAAGACGCAGAUAAAUCUGAGUCAUGGAUCUACAAAUUACAUGGUGUGCUAGUACACAGCGGUGACCUGAAUGCUGGCCAUUAUUACGCCUUCCUGAAGCCUAACAAGGAUGGCUGGUUCUACAAAUUUGACGAUGACAAAGUCACGAAAGCUACCAUGAGAGAAACUCUAGAGGAGAACUUUGGUGGUGAAUACAAACCUUCGCUUAUACCGCCUCGAUCAGCGUUCCAAAAGAGGACACCUAUUAUGCGUCAAAUGAAUGCGUAUAUGUUGGUAUAUAUUCGAGAAUCUCGUCUGGACCAAGUCUUGACUCCGGUAAAUCAAGAGGACUCUCCGCCUCAUUUGCAAAAGCGCUUGGAUGAAGAGGCAGCUGCUCGGGAAGCCAAGCGCAAAGAGCGCGAAGAGCAACACCUCUAUCUUCCUGUCAAAGUUAUCACGGAAGAUGCCUUCAAGAACCAUCCUGGGACUGACCUCACCAAUUUUGAAUCAAAUCCAGCGGAUGAUCCUGCUGCGCCAAGAUUCUACAAGCUGAGGAAACAGAUCUCUAUGGAGGAAGCAGUAGCAACAAUUGCCCAAGACUUAGGCCAGGACCCCAAGAGGCUUCGCCUUUGGAUCAUGGUUAAUCGUCAGAAUAAAACAACUCGCCCCGAUCAACCAAUAAUGGAUCUCCGGCCAUCGAUCGAAGAAACUCUUUCGCGCGCCGUGGGUACCAGCCGUGACAGCGUGCUUCGCGUGUGGGCCGAGGUUACUGAUGAAGUAGAUUCUCAAGGCAAUGCGAUUUGGCCGACGUACCAGAGUAAUGCUAAUGGAGUAGUUGUCAAGAACGACCUUAUCCUCAUAUUCCUUAAGCACUUCGACGUGGAGCAACAGAAGCUUCAUGGUAUUGGUCAUAUCUACGUCAGUAAAGAAAGGAAGAUAGAAGAACUGGUUCCCGUGAUUGCCAAGAAGAUGGGCUGGGGCGAGAAAUUACCUGCGGGAGAACAGUUGGCUAUGUGGGAAGAAAUCAAACCUUCGAUGAUCGAGGCGCUCAAGGCUAAGCAGAGCCUUAAGGCGGCAGAACUGCAAGAUGGUGACAUCAUAUGUUUCCAGCGUAUCAGCGAGCGCAAAUCGCCAGCCGAGGUACUUGGGAAAAUUCCCCGUCUCGGAGACAAGACUUCGGAGGAGCCCAAGCGCUGGGAUCGAUUUGACGACGCGAAGAGUUUCUAUGAUUUCCUUUGCUUCAAGCGGGAAAUUCGAUUGGAUCCUCACCCACGGUGCGAGAAUCCUGACUUAGAGAGCUUCAUUUUGACAUUGAGCUCGAAGGUCACCUACGAUCAGCUAGCUGAACGCGUUGGCGAGCAUCUUAGCAUAGAGCCGACGCAUUUGCGAUUCUUUACUGCGAAUGCUUCGACAGGCGCUCCAAAAGGGGCGGUACGACGAGUACCCAACGCCACGCUUGCACAGAUCUUGAACCCGCAGAACUAUACUCAGCAGAGCCUCCAAACCAAAGCCAAUUCUCUUUAUUACGAAGUCUUGGAGAUGAGUCUUGCAGAGCUCGAUACGAAAAAGAAUGUGAAAAUAACGUGGUUGAGUGAGGGAAUCACCAAAGAUGAAACCUUUGACAUUCUUGUGAGCAAACAAGGACAUGUCGAGGACCUCAUACAAGCACUCGUCAAAAAGGCACAGAUCAAAGACGAGAACGAAGGUGGGCGAAUAAGAGUUUAUGAGAUUCAUAAUCAUAAGCUCUUUCGCGAGCUUGUGCCCAACUAUCCUGUUCUUAGUAUAAAUGACUACGUCGACAUAAUAGCAGAACGGGUACCAGAGGAAGAGAUUGACGCACCAGAGCAGGACUUCAUCAAGGUGAUCCACUUUCAAACCGAUCCGAACCGAACGCACGGCAUUCCUUUCAAGUUCCUUCUUAAGGAUGGUGAGGUAUUUUCAGAGACCAAGAAGCGCCUUGAGAAGCGAACAGGCAUAAAAGGCAAAGCAUUCGAGAAAAUCAAGUUUGCUAUUGUGCGAAAGUAUCAAAAGACACCAACAUACAUAACAGAUGAUGAUAUUUUGUACGACGAAGGAAAUACUAUUGAGGAUGAUGCUAUGCUGGGCUUGGACCAUAUGGACCGUACCCGAACAAACAGAAACGGCGGGGAGAUGUUCCUCAGGUAA